AAUGGUCGAGUCUUCGUCCUGUUUACAGGGUCAAAAGUCGAUGGGAAAAGUUGGUGCCCUGACUGUGUUGCAGCUGAGCCGACCAUAGAGUCAGUGCUUCACAGCGAAGAUGCCAAAUCUCUUGAUGCAACAUUUAUAACGUGUUUCGUCGGAGGGAGGGAAUACUGGAAAAACCCGACAUGCCCAUUCCGAACAGAUCCAGCAUUCAAGCUCACCUGUGUUCCUACUUUGAUUGAAUGUGGAAAAAAGGUAAGGGAUAGGUAUCUUUCAUGA